AUGAAAUUACGAGUAUCCUCUGCGCUUACGCCGCUGGUCGGCCUGCUGUCCCUCGCUUCUGCUCUUGAUCUCACUGUGUCGAGUCGAGACUCGGUCAAGUCGGUUGCAUCUACCAUUGCUUACGACAUGAUGACUUAUUAUUCCGGGAACCUGACUGGAGGAACCCCUGGCUUGCUACCGGGUCCUUGUGCUUCGGUGGAAUGUUACUACUGGUGGGAAGCUGGGGCUAUGUUCGGCUCUUUGAUAAACUACUGGGAAUACACUGGCGACGACAGCUACAAUCCCACCGUGGUACAAGCUUUGCAGUUCCAAAGAGGUCCUGAGGAGAACUUCAACCCGCCCAAUCAGAGCAAGAACAUGGGUGUCGACGAUCAAGAUUUUUGGGCUUUUGCUGCCAUGGAUGCCGCUGAAGCUGGUUUGCCCGAUUCCGGAGGCGAUCUUCCAUCGUGGUUGAGUUUGGCUCAAGCUGUCUUCAACUUCCAAAAGAAACUUUGGGAUAACGAGACAUGCGGCGGUGGAAUGAGAUGGCAAGUUUAUUCCUUCAACCCCGGUUUCAAUCUGAAGAAUACCAUUUCCAACGGUGGAAACUUCCAACUGGCCGCUCGCCUUGCUCGUUAUACCGGAAAUCAGACCUAUGCCGACUGGGCUGAACAAAUGUGGGACUGGAUUGCAGCAAGCCCUCUGUUCCAGACUCAAGACAACGUUCUUUACAUUUGGGAUAACACCAAUGCCGACAACAACUGCACCGAUGUCGAACACUUUGCAUGGAGCUACAACUACGGCACUAUGCUGAUGGGUGCCGCGAAUAUGUACAACUUCACCAAUGGUGCCGAGCCUUGGGGUACGCGAGUGCAACAAAUCCUCGACGGCACCUUUUUCUUGUUCUUCCCUCAAGAAUACGGUGGUAAUAUCAUGACUGAAUUCCAAUGCGAGCCCAAUGGCGACCAGGGUAAUUGCAACAACGAUCAGAGCAGCUUCAAGGCCUAUCUUUCGCGAUGGCUCGCCGUCACCAGUAUAUUGGUACCGGAUACAGCUGCUCAGAUUAUGCCUAAAUUGCAGGCAAGUGCUGAGGCCGCGGCCAAGCAAUGUGUUGGUGGAACAACUGGGCAGCAAUGUGGUCGACGGUGGUAUGCCAACGGUGUAUGGGAUGGAACUUCAGGUGUCGGUCAACAGAUGCAAGCCUUGGCCGUCGUCGGGGCUACACAGAUGAACGCGAAUAUUGCACCCAAGAGUGCCAAGACAGGUGGUACUUCGGAGAGUGACCCAGAUGCUGGCAGCGAUGUCGAUACUGCGCCAGAAAUCAAGUUCGACCCUUUGACGACAGCAGACAAGGCUGGCGCCAGUAUCCUCACCAUUUUGAUUGUUGCAGCAGUUGUUGGUGGUGGUGUUUGGCUCAUCCUGUAA